AUGAAGCUGCCCAGGGCGCUACGGGUCUUAGCAAACCCGAAUGUGGCUGUUAUUGAGGGCAUCUUGGAGCAUCUCACGUUAGUAAACGAGACCCAGAUGGAAUCAAAUAAUGCCGCAACAGGCCAGCGAAUAUUUUUACCGGGACCAGCAUACAUUGCAAAGCUCCCCGAGAUGGAGGAGAUGGUGGCCGCAGUAGCAGCUGGCACCGUAGAUCAGCCAAAAAACGGGCUGCCUACCCGGGUGUUACGCCCGAAGAAAACAUCCGAGUGA